UCACAUUCAUGCGAAUACAAUAUCCAUCGAAUACGAAAUAUGCAACCAUGAAGCUCAAAUUUUUUUUUUAAUCCUUGAAAAUUUUCCCUGAAAUCUCUCCCGAAAAUUCCAGGGAAAUCUCCCCGUCACUCCAGCAACCCAGCCAUCCCGUACGUUAGUAGUUUUCGCGCCGUCGCCCGCCGCGGACGCGCGUCCCGCUGCUACACCAGUGCCGAUAUGAGUGACCAGUGAAGUGCAGUGUUCAGUGAAAAGUGACCAGUGACCUACGUUUACAAGCGAGGAGGUAAAUUCGGGAAUAUGAAGCAUUAAGGACGCCUGAUAAUAGAGAAAAUUACAGUUCUUAACGCCGAGGACAAGCACGCAAUAUUUCAUUACCACACAAUCGAUGGCUGAGUGAGACGCGCCGCAGAAGAUGUGACCAAGAUGGCCGAUUGACUUUUAAACAAAAUGGCGGAUUUAAACAAAUUUUGGGAUCGAAGAAAGUUGAAGAGCGCGCGAUGACGUCACGAAGAUCCUUCGACUGUAUAAAGUAACUUUUUUAAUUUAGGACUUAGGGCUUGUUUGAGUGUGCUCUUCAUCGCGAGUGUAUAUUUUUAUUAUUUUUUGCGAGUCUAUUUUUUUCCACAAGAUUUUUCUGUUCGUUUCGGUGUUAAAGCAAUAUUAGAUAAGGUAACGCUUGUUUGAUAGUUCGUUUUGUAAAUAAAAGUUUAGUGUUCACAUGUGUUAGGGGAAAGUAGAAACUAUUGAUCAAAAGUUCACGCGUAGUUCGGAAAAAAACGGGUAUAAAAUAAAGCUGUAUAUAUAAAUAAAAGGGUUAGUUAAAAUAAUAUUCCGUUCCUAUAGGCAAUAAAUUCAUUUUCACCGUUGAAUUUCUACGGGGCCAAAACAAUCAAUUCUAAUCGGUUAGAUAGUUCAAAUUCAAAAAGCUGGCGUCAUCAAGGAGAAAGAAAUCCAAGAUGGCGGCGGUGAAUGUGACGGCUCUCGUUGCGAAAACCACCAUCCCGACGGAUCUGAAUGGCACGUUUUUCAACUCGACCUACCUGGUCGCAACGGGCAUCAGCCAAGAAGACUUCCUGGCGCUACAGAUGUCAAACGCGACAGAGAAUGCGACAUCAAAUGAGUCCCUCAGCCAUAUGGUGUUACAGAACUGGUAUCCGAGUGGCUACAGUCCGUUUCACAUAAUUUUAGCGUCAGUGGUUGUGACGGUUUUGAUGAUAAUGGUGGUGGUAGGGAAUAUGCUAGUGAUCAUAGCGAUAGUGACAGAGAAAGCAUUGAAGAACAUACAAAAUUGGUUUAUCGCGUCUUUGGCCGUGUCGGACUUUUUUCUAGGACUGAUAAUAAUGCCGUUUUCGUUGGCGAACGAGCUGAUGGGGUACUGGAUCUUUGGGUUCUGGUGGUGCGAGAUCCACUCGGCCAUGGAUGUGUUGUUGUGCACGGCGUCCAUCAUGAAUUUGUGCCUCAUCUCGCUGGAUCGCUACUGGAGUAUCACACAGGCGGUCGACUACCUGAAGAAGAGGACGCCAGCGCGCGCCGCGCUCAUGAUAGCGGCCGUCUGGCUCAUGUCAGCUUUAGUCUGCAUCCCCCCACUCCUGGGCUGGAGGGUCACCAGGCCGCCGCAGCAGUUUCCACAGUGCAAGGUGUCAGAAGACAUGGGCUACGUGAUAUACUCGGCGCUGGGCAGCUUCUACAUCCCGUCCUGCAUCAUGGUGUUCGUGUAUAUACGAAUAUACUACGCUGCGAAGGCGAGAGCGAGGCGGGGGAUUAGGAAAAACCCUAGGCCUAGACCUAACGAACAGCAGACGAGCUUCAGCAACCCGCCGAAGGGGACGCGGCCCAUGCCGGCCACGCCCUCCAUGCCCAUGCCGCAGGGCUUGGAUAGUAAUUCUAAUAAUAGAGUAAGUCAAAUAUCUACGAUAGAGGCACAGCAAGUUCAAAUACCCACAGUAACGUGCGACCUCGCCAGCGACAUUUCAACGAGCGAGGCCGGCGAUAUGCUACCACAACAAGAAGAGAGGAAAGACACGCUGAAGGUGGUAACAUCAGCUCAAGUGACCCGCAACCCGCUCGCAGCGUGCCAGCUCCGCAGCUCCACGCUCAGCGUGAACGGUGAGCCGCGCGAGCGCUGCCGAGCGCCCAGCGUCGCCAUCGACACCGACAUGGUCUCUGAAUUCGACCCUUCUUCUUCAGAUUCCGGCGUCGUCUCCCGCUGCGCUGGCGUCAAACCCCUCAAGUUCAGAAUCUGCCAGCCCAUCUUCGGGAAGAAAGCGGAAAGCUCGAGAAGGCAGGAGAAGAAACAAGCGAAAAGCGAGUGCGAACCGGCGCUCCCCAAGCAGCAUAAACCUAGAGAUCCUGAGAGAGAAAAACGGAGGUUAGCUAGGAAAAAAGAAAAACGAGCGACCUUAAUUCUAGGUUUAAUCAUGGGAAGCUUCAUAGCAUGCUGGCUUCCAUUCUUCUUCCUUUACAUCUUAAAAGCAGCCUGCAGAGCAUGCGAGAUUCCAGGAAUCGCUUUCGCAGUAGCCUUCUGGUUGGGAUACAUGAAUUCUGUAUUAAAUCCUGUGAUUUACACCAUUUUUAAUAAGGAUUUCAGAAGAGCGUUUAGGAGGAUACUGUUUAAGUGAUGUUUGGCCUACCUGUGCUGCUACAGAUGCGUGGCUAAUCGCAUCAUGAUGGCGCAACAGCGGGCAGCACCGGGGCUUUACAAUGUACGUUAACGCCAUAACCAAGGACAGUCUCAUGUGAUAACAGUGAAAUAUAGAAAAAAACAAAAGUACCCUUCGUCUAAGCGACACCCCACACUAGCAUCAUUUGAGCGUCGGCUACUCAUCAGCGCUUUUGAAAAUAGUGUUGCUGCGCAGUUGUGCCAACGGUGCGUCGAGCUGCAGCCAUAGAGUUGACGAAACGCCGACGCUCGGGAGACGUUAGUGUGGGUUUUCUAAGUAGUUGUGGGUUUUAUGUGAAAAUUUAAACAUGGAACGUUACUUCUACAUACACGAUGGGAACUUCUAAAGUUUUUGAACAGUAUCUGUGAUUAAGUGAUUUUUGGUUCGGAAAGUUUUGCAUUGACAGUACAUUUUUGAAAACAGUACAUCAAUAGACAAGACUUUCAACUACCGAACAUACGUUGAUUUAUUUUUUGCAUCCUAGGAUAUACACCAUUUCUUGUCAGAGAAAAGGAUGUAUAAUUUUUGUCUAUAAUUGAUUAAUUACUAUAUUUACUGGUUAAUUACAAGCAAAGGCAAUAAUCAAUGAGCAUGCCAGAUUAAGUUUUACAAUCUGACCUGCAAAAUGUAACACCAAGUUUUAUCUUUUAAAAUAUAUUAUUGAACAAAGUAAUGGAACCAAGAAUCACUGCAUCAUAGUAUGAAGAAUAAACAGAAAACUGUAAACAAAUUAACAUUAUCAUUAUAUAUCUUAGGUCAGCUUAUUCUUAGGCUUCUAUAUAUAGUUACUUCAUGUAAAAUAAUUAACUUAAACUAAUUAUGACUAUUGGAAUUAUGUCAAACAUGAAGUGGCUACAAUAUUGUUUUGCUGUAAUAUAAAAAUUGUAAAAAUACAUUUUGGUAGUGAUUUUUAAAAUGUAGUAAAAACUAUAGGGUUUUAUUUGGGAAGUUUGUUCUAAACGUGUUAUUAACUUAAUACAAAUCUAUUAUGACAAAUUUAUCAAAACCUAAAUAAUCACUUUGGUCCUAUAAAAUACUGGUGGUCUCUAACUUCCUAACCUGCUUACUAAUUAUUGGCAAUUUCGGUAAUAGCAAAAUAAGACAUGUAUUUGUCAGAUCAAAUUACAAUAUAUAUUUGAUAUUUCUUUAAAUUUUAAUGUUAGGGUUACUUCCUAAGAAUUACACUCCUGAUUUAUGGAAUAAGCAAGAAAUAGAUUUAGCUUGACAGUAAAAAUAUAUACGAGUAUUGUCUACUUUACCAUAUUACAGAAAUUGGUAUCGUGCAUUGAGAUAUAACUACUGACUGAUCUAAUAUUAUUUUGAUAUAGCAUUAAUUAAUGAAAACCGAUUUAGAAUAUUCUUCCUAAAUAACAUUAAUAGAGUUUGUAUAGACGAACUAUAAUACUGCAAACACUAACGGAUUUGAUUAUACUUGUAACCUAAAUAUUCCUUACAUACUGUAAAAUAUAAUAAAGGAAUUAAAUAGCUUUAAAAUUCAUAAAGAAUAUAUUUUAAAAUUAAAAUUUUAGCUUGCAUUAACAAAGUUAAAAUUUUCACACUCAGCAAGGGGAUGGGACCUUUACAUAUUUGUUUAUUAAGGCAUUCCUUUCAGCAACAUGUGUAACUAAUGUAGUAUAUAAUUCACGGUAUUGUAUAAUUUCUGGUGCAGCACUUUAGUUUAUAUUUAUUUGCUAGAGUUUUAAUGAAUACCAUAGUACGAAAAUAGGUAUUUCUUAUUUUACCAAAUUUGCACUAUAGCCGAUAUUUACUUUUUUGUAGUGGGAGUGACAUAGAUAUUUAUUUAUGUAGAUGUCAGUAAACAGUAAGAUUUUAAUAGUUAUAACCGCUUACACGCAUCCCCUUGUAAUACAUAUGCGCUUAUAAUAUGUACAAAGUAGUAGUAUUUGUAAACUUAUUUGCUAGUAAAGUCCUAAGAUUCAUUACAUUUCUACAAGUUGCUACAAUCAGUUCAAAUAUAAACUAACAAUUCGUAAUUUAGUGGUUUACUUUAAACAGUUAAUUCAUUAAAAUUGUCGUAGCGUAAAAUAUCUAAAAUUACUAAAUUAAAGCAUUUGAAAUUAUUGUAGCAAUUAUUCAUACAUACACUUUAAUAUUAUCUCUCACAUGGGAUUGAUUCCAACAAAACUCAAAAUACCCUGAACACUACCUGACACAAUUUUUAAUCCAAACAGUAUCAAAAAGUUUAUCUUUAAUUUGAAAAGAAGUGAUUUAUAUUAAACAGUGAAUUGAUUUUCAUUUAAUGAAAAUACAUAUAACCAAUUUAUAAAUGCAACGUUCUUCCAUUACUCAUAAUCAUAACAAUGAUAUCCCAAAGAAAAAUAAUAACAUUGUAAAGACGUGGUGUUAAAUACGAAAUUGAAUGUUUUAUGAGCGUAACUUUAUUAAAAAUCUUACAUAUUUUAAGUUAUGUUUUUUUAUUAAGAUUUUAUCGUUUAAGAUAACGUUUAGUAAUCUCCAUUUAUUUUUAACACUUAUCAAAAUUUUUAAGUUGUACUUACUAAUAAUUUUGAGCUAACAUUUUAUUAUAAUAACACGCAAACGUGAUAGAAGUUAUUGUUUAACCAAUUUACUAACAAAAAGAACAAUAAUUUGUGAAUGUUAAAGUUAUUUUUGAUUAAAGAAUGCUCACAGUAUAUUCAAUUACAGUAGAGUUAAUUCUAUUAUAAUCUAAAAAUGACUGUGCCUCUGUGCCUAUCGAUCAAGCACUAAAACAACAAUAAAUGCACUUUUAUAGAUAAAAAAAAAACAUUUAAUGAUAUUAUAAUUAUAUCUUCUUAAUCUGAUUUUAAGUUUAUUAAGAUAUUUGUUGAAAACUUUUUUUUGGUAGCGCUGGUCGCAAAUAAUUAAUCAAUUGAUUAAUUAAUUAAUUUAUUAAUUUUAUUACUUUAUGUGUAAAUAGUACUUAAUUUAAUAUUACCUAAAUGUAAAUUAGUAUUAAUUAACUAACCAAAAAAGAACACCAAAAUACUUCCUGUAAAAUUUUCUAAUCUUAUGAAAAUACAUUCAGUAUAAUUAUGUAUAGUAAUGUAAAUUUAUUUUAUGUAUUGCCAUAUAAGAUAAAUCGUAAAUAGUUUUUUUAACGCUUCCCUUUGUAAAUUAUAGCUAUGGUCUGUAAUUAAAUCAUUAUUAAAGAAACUAAACUUAUGACUAGUGUUAUAGUUUCCUUUAAAACCGUACGUAAAUAAAUUACUAAUAAAAUAUCAACUAUACCUGCGACUGAUCAUAGUUUACACAUCUUGUAUUCAUCCUGCAUAUAUUUUCUAUUGUACAUUAUUCAACCUUGUAAAUAGUAUAACUACAACAAUUACCAAUAUAUAAUUAUAAAUUAUAAAAGAACAACAACGAGAAUUUAAUUCUAAAUUGAUGUAAACUUUCUUCGGUUAGCGUAAGUACUUAUACAGUUUUAACGUAAUUGUAUAAAUUAUUACUUAAUUAUAUAAUAAUUCGAAAUAAUAACACUGCAACACCAUUGCCGUAUAGUUGUAAUUAGAUUUUUAGAAUAAUUAAACAUUAUAACUCGUAUUGUACUGAAAUCAUGAGCAAUAGACAUUGAUCAUAAAUUUCUUUUUAAAAUAUCUCUUUGAUAAAAUUUCAUAUAGUCUUCCAAUGUGUGUGUGAUUCUACAUAAAUCAAAAUAUAUUAGUGGAAAUUCAAAGUUCUUUUCAAGUGUAAAUUAACUCCAGAAUUUUAUGUAGGACAUAAUUUUUGCACGGAUAGAAAUUUAUUUAUGACGAUAUUGAUUCUGCCAUUACAAUUUUUAAUAUAUUAUAACGUAAGGUAUACUUAUUUAUAUAUUAUGCGGAAUAACAUUUAAAACAUUGUUUUAUACUAUAUUAUAGACGGAUCCCAUCAAUUAAGCACCGAGCCCUUGCUAUUUGUUGGGACCCUAUCUAAAAAAAAACAUAUAAUCAAAACUAUGAUUGUGUGUUUUUUUGCAAAAAAAUGUUCUUGCCACACUUUGCCACCGCAAAUGUCGUUCGAAUAUUAGACACCAGUAUUAAAUGCAAUAAUUUUAACUAUACAAAGUACGGUUAUUUUUUAAGAAACAAAAUAUAAUAAAAUUUUACUAUGUGAAAGUUACGUUUGUACAGAUAUUAUACCAAUUUGUUUAUCCUUACUAGAGUUUCCUUAACGACUCAAGUCGAUAUUAUAUAUGUAUUUAAAAACUAGCAAAUUGUUCAUGAGAAAUUGUUCUAAAUUUAAUAUACUAUUUAAACUACGUAUAGAUUAUAUACAGUAACCUAUCUAGAAUUUGUUAUGAUAUACUUUAAUUUAUCAUGACGCGUUCCGUUCGUACUGUUCUUUAUGAUGUACUGUGGUAAUCUACGCUAAGGUUAUACGAUACUACUAAUUCUUAUCGAGUCAAGUGUAAAUGAAAAAUAUACGAAGUACCAAAUAUACAAAUUUUAAUCUUUAA